AUUUCUGUGCGCGGGAUCUGGCAACCCGUUCCAUGUGUUAGCUCAGCACUAGCCUGCUAGCUAUUAUUGGUCCAUUUGUCAAAAGCAGAGCUUCUCAUCUCAUAUAAUCAAACCAAACACAGGACUUUAACAGACAUAUAUAUCGUUUGCCAUUGAUAGAAAUGGCAGCGAUUGCAGUACCAGAAAAUACUAGAGUCUUUCUUCUGGACAUUGAAGGAACCACGACGCCCAUCACGUUUGUCAAGGACAUCUUAUUCCCCUACAUCCGAGAGAAUCUGGAGGAAUAUCUGUCUGCUCACUGGGAGGAGGAUGAAUGCAAACAAGACGUGCAUCUGCUCAAGAAACAGGCUGAAGAAGACCUGCGGCUGAAUAAAGCGUGUCACGUUCAUGCGGUGGACCAGACGGUGCACACAGACGAGGAGAAGGCCAUCCGGGAGGUGGUGGAGGGCGUCCUGUGGCAGAUGGCAGCGGACAGAAAGAGCACUGCGCUCAAACAGCUGCAGGGACACAUGUGGAGAGCUGCGUACAUGACGGGGAAAAUCAAAGGCCAGGUGUACCAGGAUGUGGUUCCAGCCAUCAGACGCUGGAGACAUCACGGUCUGAAGGUCUACAUCUACUCUUCAGGAAGUGUGGAGGCGCAGAAGCUGCUCUUCGGUUAUUCUGUCCAAGGCGAUCUCUUAGAUCUGUUUGAUGGUCACUUCGACACUAACAUUGGUGCCAAAGUAGAAAGUAAGAGCUAUGAGAACAUCGCGGAGAGGAUCGGAUGCCAACCGGAGGAAAUCAUGUUCUUAACCGACGUCACACGAGAGGCGAAGGCAGCAGAGGAUGCUGGGGUGAGCGUGAUCAUGGUAGUCAGACCUGGUAACAUGGAGUUAACCGAAGAGGAGAGGAAGCAUUAUAGGAUCAUCACCUCUUUCAGCCAGUUAGAACUGAGCGGGAACGUUUGACAGCGCAGAGCCAGGGUCACAGCAUCAGAUCAUGUGAAACCAGCCGCUACUGUCUGUUGUUAUUCUGCUGGACUCAAACGCCAAGCCUCCCAGGUGCUUGUUUUUUACACUGAAACCCAUCUAUGAAUUAUCAUACACUUACAUUCUCCGUGAAUGUUUUAUAUGCUGUGUUAAUGUGUAGCAUAUGACAUGUUCAUGUCUUUAUCCCCCACAUGUGCAGUGAUAUAAAAUAUGAUAACCUGCCAACUAGACACAGGUUUAGUGUGAUUGUACCUCAUGUCUUAUAAACCUCGAUCUUAAAUGUUGUUGUAAAAUUUUAUUUCAAAUGGAAACAUCGAACAAAUCACAUUUGUAACAUCUAGAUACACCAGCACCUGAGAACAGAUGUCUGUUUUAGUGACAAAAUACAGGUUUAUGACCAAUGUCAGAGAUGUUUUACAAUCCUCAACAUCAAGUAUAAAAAAAAAAAAAAAUGUAUAAGGUUAAGCAGGACAGUCUCAAAAUUAAAUGCGGUUGCAUGAAUACAAUA